UAUAUAUAUAAGGGACUAGCAGUGCCCCAUAUGAAAUAUCAUUCUCACUUACAGCUCUUCUCCACAAGGUUUUCUGAGUGAUGGAAAUAAUGUCCCAAAGGGUGGUGAUGUCCCAAAGGCUGGGGCCAAUGGGUGGUAACAUGGGAGCAGCAUUCGACGAUGGUGUUUUUGACGGUGUGAAGAAAAUAGUUGUCGGAAGAGACCAGGGAUGUGUAUCAUAUAUCAAGAUCGAAUACGAAAAGGACGCGAAAUUUGAAACCCGUGAACACGGGACGAUUCGGGGGCCACUACAAGAGUUUGCUGUAGAAUAUCCCAAUGAAUAUAUAACAUCCGUUGGUGGAAGCUUCGAUCUUGUUCCAUUCUAUAACGCAGUGCUGAUCAAAUCGCUAGUCUUCUAUACCUCAUAUAGAAGAACCUCUCCGACCCUCGGUGUGGCUGGAGGAAGAGCUUUCUGGCUCGAGGGUAGAACUGGAGGAAGGCUUCUUGGUUUCCAUGGACGCUCUGGUCAAGCUCUUGAUUCCAUUGGACCUUACUUCUUCGCUCCAAAUCCUCCUCUUAGGCAUUUCGAACGCCAAGGUGGUAAUGGAGGGACUCCAUGGGACGAUGGUGCUUACGAUGGUGUUAGAAAAAUAUUAGUGGGCCGAGGUGGCAGGUUUGUGAGUUAUUUUAGGUUUGAGUAUGCGAGAGGCGAAAGAAUGGUACCACAUGCUCAUGGGAAGAGACAAGAGGUUCCACAAGAGUUUGUGGUUGAUUAUCCUCAUGAACAUAUUAUAUUGGUGGAGGGAACAGUCGAUGUCUGCCUUACGUCGGUUAUGUUUAAGACAUCAAAAGGAAGAACCUCCCGUGUUUUUGGGAAUGUGGUUGGUAGGAAAUUUGUGUUUGAGGAGAAAGAUUUCAAGAUUGUCGGAUUUUGUGGUCGAUCUGCUGAUGCUAUUGAUGCUCUUGGUGCACAUUUUGGCCCUCUUCGCACUCCAGCUCCAGCCCCCGGUCCAGCUCCUGCCCCUGGUCCUGCUCCCGCUCCUGGUCCAGGUCCCCGUCCAUCUCCUGCUCCCGGUCAAGGUCCCCGUCCAGCUCCCGCUCCUGCUCCUGCUCCCGGUCAAGGUCCCCGUCCAGCUCCCACUCCUGCUCCUGCUCCUGCUCCCGGUCAAGGUCCCCGUCCAUCUCCCGCUCCUGCUCCUGGUCCAGGUCCCCGUCCAGCUCCCGCUCCUGCUCCUGCUCCCGGUCAAGGUCCCCGUCCAGCUCCCGCUCCUGCUCCUGCUCCCGGUCAAGGUCCCCGUCCAGCUCCCGGUCCUGCUCCCGGCCAAGGUCCCCAUCCAGCUCCCGCUGCUGCUCCCGGUACCAGUGCCACUCCAGCUCCAGCUCCAGCUCCCACUACCACACAGAUAGGACCGGUCGGUGGUGAGAAGGGAAACACAUUUGAUGAUGGUAUUUUCGAUGGUGUGCAGAAAAUAACUGUGGGGAAAGACAUAUACAGCGUAACUUAUAUCAAGAUCGAAUACGUAAAGGAUGGAAAAGUCGAAAUCCGUGAACACGGGACAAAUCGGGGGGAGCUAAAAGAGUUUUCCGUGAAUAAUCCGAAUGAUUAUAUCACAGCCGUUGGUGGAAGCUACAAUCAUAUAUUCAACUACGAUACAACGCUUAUCACAUCGCUAUACUUCACAACCUCGAAAGGAUUUACCUCUGCAUUAUUCGGUGAGAUGAGUGGAGAAGAAUUCAAUCUAAAAGGUGAAAAUGGAGGAAAGCUUCUUGGAUUCCAUGGACAAGCUGGUCAUGCUAUAGAUGCCAUUGGGGCUCAUUUCGAAAGAGGUUCUGGCAUUUGAAGGAAGUUAAGGAGAAAGGUUACUAGAUCAUUCGGUUCAAUGAAAAGGCUGGUGAUUUGGUUCAUCAGAUGGGAAUCUAUGUCGUUUCCAUUAUAACCAAUUAGAGACUUUUACUCUUUAGUUUCCUCUUUCUCUUUGUUUCUAGAAAAUAAGGUCACUCAAACGUCUGAGUUCUGAGUGACUUUUUUUUUUUUUUUUUUUAAGCUUUUCAGCUUUUAACUAUGUUUAUGUGUGUAUUAGUCGCUUAAAGUUAUCAUGUGAUGUAUGUGGUGUCAUUUGCCGAUUAUAAUAAAGAAUGUUACUUUUUUUGUUUUUUCCCAAAUUGAAUUCAUUCAUAAUCGAAUUACCGGUAUUCAUACACAAGCUGGCGGCAAAACGAAAUAGCCCCAGAACCAAAAGCCCAUAAGAAGCGGCGUACUGGGGCGACUAAAACCCACACUCGGAUGAUUUGAAACAAACACAAACUAUUAAAACUAAAUCAACACUAGCACCAAAAGCACGUUAACAUCCACGCAAAAGCCACAUCAGAUCACUUAGCAAUUUUUAAAACAGAGUAAAUGUCAAUGGUCGGGAAGUACCGCUGCUGCCUAUAGCCCGCCACCCGGCACCCUCCACUUCUGCACCCAAACCACACUUAUCGCUGCUGCUCGCCGCCAAACGAUAAGACCAAAACCCGGGGACUUCAAACCUCGACAAGGGGAACCACUGCUCGGUCCACGCGCCUUGGAUACA